GCUCAAGCAAACGCGGGACUUUGUGGUGUUGCAUAACGUGUUUACAAAAUGUUUAUUUACGAAUGUGGUUGUGUAUGAGCUCUGUGAAGGAUAUUUACUGACUGUCUUAUAUGUGGAGCUGUACCAAACUGAUUCAUUGUGGGACAGGCUGGCUUAGAUCAAGGCAAGGUCUACAUUUGACACAUCGACUCAGUUCCAGUUCGGUGUUGUUCCUUGGACGACUUUCUUCAGCGAUGAGUGACAAAGGGAAGUCCAGUGACUUAAAGAGGAAAGCAGAGGAAGAUUCUGGGAGUGCUGAAAAAAAGGUCAAAGUCGAAGCAAGCAAAAAAUCUGGUGAUCUUCUAAGUGAUGUCAUAGAAAGUCGCAAAUCUGUUUGUGAAUCUGUUUGUAAGUUCAAAUUCAACAAGAAAAGAGUGAGAGUUUUGUCUUCAGCUGAAGAGUUCCCUGACGACUGCGAUGGUGUUGUGUAUUGGAUGUCUCGGGAUCAGAGAGUACAAGACAAUUGGGCCUUCCUGUAUGCCCAGCGUCUGGCCUUGAAGAUGGAGGUGCCGCUUCACGUCUGCUUCUGUCUGGUGCCUCGGUUUCUAGAGGCUACGAUACGUCAGUUUGGCUUCAUGCUCAAGGGCCUCCAGGAAGUGGAACAGGAGUGUAAGACACUGAAUAUAUCGUUUCACCUGCUGAUCGGCUAUGCUAAGGAUGUCUUGCCAGACUUUGUGAAGAGCAACAAUAUUGGUGGAGUGGUCACUGACUUUUCUCCACUGCGUACACCGAUGACCUGGGUCACUGAUGUGAAAGAGAGGCUGCCUAAAGACAUCCCAAUGUGCCAGAUUGAUGCACACAAUGUUGUGCCUUGUUGGGAGGCAUCCCCAAAGCUAGAAUAUGGAGCUCGCACAAUACGCAAAAAAAAUCACGACAAACUCCCAGAAUUCCUUACUGCCUUUCCACCAGUCUGUAAACACCCUCAUGAUGCGAAAGUUAAAUCUGAACUAGUUAAUUGGGAGGCAGCCUACGCCAGUCUGGAGGUGGACCGCUCUGUGAAGGAGGUGGACUGGGCGACUCCGGGAACCAAAGGGGGACUUAAGAUGUUGGAAUCUUUUUGUAAAGAGCGACUGAAAUAUUUCAAUGCAGAUCGCAACAAUCCUAAUAAAAAUGCUCUCAGUAACCUGUCACCAUGGAUACAUUUUGGACAAAUCUCAGUGCAGAGGUGUAUACUAACAGUAAAGCAAUAUCGUAGCAAGGGACAAGAGAGCGUGAACGCAUUCAUCGAGGAGGCAGUGGUGAGACGGGAGCUUGCUGACAAUUUCUGCUUCUACAACGAACAUUAUGAUACCAUUGAAGGCGCGUACGACUGGGCAAAGACAUCGCUGAAACUGCAUGCUGGGGACAAGCGGCCAUAUUUGUACUCUCGCCAGCAGCUGGAAGAUGGCAGGACUCACGACAAGCUCUGGAACGCUGCACAGUUGCAGAUGGUGAAUGAGGGCAAGAUGCAUGGAUUCCUGCGGAUGUACUGGGCCAAGAAAAUACUCGAAUGGACCUGUUCUCCAGAGGAUGCUCUCAAAGACGCCAUUUUCCUCAACGACAAGUACAACCUAGAUGGUCGCGAUCCCAAUGGUUAUGUGGGUUGCAUGUGGUCCAUCUGCGGCAUCCACGACCAGGGCUGGAAGGAGCGUGAGGUGUUCGGCAAGAUCCGUUACAUGAACUACAAAGGCUGCACCAGGAAGUUUGAUGUGCCUGCUUUUGAAAGGAAGUAUAAAGUGAAGAAGAUAUGAUCACGCUGUGUCGUUAACUCAUUGACCCGAUUCUCACAUGAAACUGCAGUUUAAAAAAGUACUACAAUGUCUGUUUGGUUGCUGCCAUGGUGAAACUAUUGAAUACAGUGAGGCAAGUCAGGGCAUAUCUGUGAUGUUAUCACUGACAGGACGAGGUAGAUUUACAGGCUGUAGUACAACACUCACUCACUCACUCACUCACUCACUCACUCACUCACUCACUCACUCACUCGGCUUUCUGAUGUAGGCCAUUUACAUCAGAGAAGUUGUUAAGGAAAAUGGUUGCUGGGCAACAAAAGCACUCUGUAGAAAGUUUAUAUUUGUUACCGUCUUGUUACUUUCCAAUAGAUCAUGUUGUUGAUGUUUCCAUGUACUGUCAGUAGAACCUGAGUGACUGUGGUUAAAUGUAAUAAAUUCUGUCCAUUACUGGUGUGUAGAGGUUAUUUAGAUGAGGUGGCCAAAGUGCCCAGUUGUUGCCUGUCAGUGUUUGCAGAUUUUGCCUUGCCAUGCUUGAGUACUGACAGGAUGUUGGUAGCAGCAAGAUUCACACUCCGGCGCAGUGAAGACUUAGCAUAACAUCACUGCCACAGGCUAAUUUGCAUAUCACGUGAC